UCCCCUGGCGGGCGCGGGCGCGAGAAGACGCUGCGCGGCGGCAGCGGCGGGAGCGAGCGGCAGCUGUCAGGCCACCGAGGUCCAAGCUGCACUUGCUGCCCCAUUGAGGACGAGGCGACAGCGCGAGCUGUGACCUGGUCGCUGAGGAGCCAGGCUAGAGGCGCGCAGAACUGAACUGCCCGGCAUCGGUAGCCCUGUCCUUUCUCCUUCCCAUUGUGUUGGAACCCUAAUAAAAGAAUAAAUCAACAAGAAGGACAAAGGAGAAGGCUGAAAUUGUGAAAAACCCAGCUGGGUUCUUUUGUUUGCAAACUUCUCCCUGUUUGGUGCUGCAACAAUGAGUGGGAAAUCCCUUCUCCUAAAGGUCAUCCUCUUGGGUGAUGGUGGAGUUGGGAAAAGCUCACUUAUGAACCGUUAUGUGACCAACAAGUUCGACUCCCAGGCUUUUCACACCAUUGGGGUAGAGUUCUUAAAUCGAGAUCUGGAGGUAGAUGGACGCUUUGUGACACUUCAGAUCUGGGACACUGCAGGGCAGGAGCGUUUCAAGAGCCUUAGAACACCAUUCUACCGGGGAGCAGAUUGCUGCCUGCUGACGUUCAGUGUGGAUGACCGGCAGAGUUUCGAGAACCUUGGUAACUGGCAAAAAGAAUUCAUUUACUAUGCGGAUGUAAAGGAGCCGGAGCAUUUCCCCUUUGUGGUUCUGGGUAACAAGGUAGACAAAGAGGAUAGGCAAGUGACGACUGAGGAGGCAAAAGCCUGGUGCAUGGAGAAUGGAAAUUAUCCUUAUCUAGAAACAAGUGCCAAAGAUGAUACCAAUGUGACAGUGGCCUUUGAAGAAGCUGUUAAGCAGGUUUUAGCUGUAGAGGAACAACUGGAACAUUGCAUGCUAGGCCACACCGUUGAUUUGAACAGUAGCUCCAAAGCAAGUUCUUCAUGCUGUUAAAUGUAGGGACUCUGUUCAAAAGUGUGCAGUAAGUUGGUUAGUCUGUAGCGUAAGAACUACUGUGCCCUCUGGUGGUAUUCACACACACACACACACACACACACACACACACACACACACACACACACACACACACAAAAGCAUGUGCGUGCGUGUGAGGGUAAAAGAUAAGGUUCUACUUUUGAAACAGAACCUUUCAAAUUGAAAUUGUAGAGCAGUUAAAAAAAAAGCUUUAUUGAGCCAAGUGUAUUAUGCGUGAUUUCUGCUAUUUUCCCCUUCUUGUGUGUCUCAGGACAUUUCUGAUUUUAGUCCUGAGAGAUUUACAUGUUUUUAAAUCACAGUUUAAACCUAGAACCCAGCCGCAUGAAGGAGUGAAAGAGCUUAAAGUGUUCCAUUAAGUAGCUAGCAGAUGCCACCACCAGACUCUUGCCAAGCAAUUUAUGACAUUUCUACCAAAGGGAAAAAUAAGAUUCUGAGCUGUAUUACAGCAAAAAUAACAAUGGAAGCAAUGAUUUCUAAGCAUGAAUUAGAUAAAAGGUGGUGAUGAUUAGAAAUGUAGAUGUAUAAAAAUACACACUGACAUGUUCAAAUCCUCACGUAUGGUUUCUUCUCAUAUGAACCUAAGCAAAAUCAUCCCAGUAAGCAUUGCGCUAAUGACACUGGAGUUUGGUUCUAAUCCAUGUGUUUGAGUCACAGGACACUAGCGAAUGGAUUACGCUUAACUAUGCCAACCCCCUCUGCAAAUACUUGGUUGGCCUGCUUUUCCUUCCUAAGUCUGCUGCUGCUGCUGCAUAGAGAUGUUGCUUCCUUGACAGCUUAUCAAUUUAGUGAUGCUACUUAGUAUGUGACUUUGGGUGCAGUGCUCUCUGCCUACAAUUUAGACGAUCCUAUGGUUCACCAUGCUGGCUCAGGAAGGCUCCAGAAAAGAUUGGAGAGUAAUGGGCUUUUCUCCCAACUUCCUUCGCUCAGUUGUGCGUUGUAGGGGAAGGAUCUGAUGUCUCACCGGACGAUUCAGCUGGCCAAAGUCUGACAUUAAAACUGGCAACAGAGCAGAGGUUUAUAAACAUUGGGUUAGAAUGAAUUUCUCAUUAUUAGAUUUCUUCAAAAGUGAAAUAGACUGCCUUAAUAGUGACCUCCCUCCCAGGAAAAGUAGUCCCUGGAUGAGCACCUGUUAAAAUACUGUAAAAAGAAUUUCUGUACUGGCUACAUGUUUGGUAUAAGGUUCCUCCAGGUUUAAGUUCUGAACUUACAAACGACGUCAGUGCCAUGUUCUGCUUGGAUUUCUCUGAAAACAAUAGUUAAGACUAUAGAGAGGGCCAUAAAAAUCCUCAAGCCAUUCUGGGAUUAGCCUUUAACAACAACCACUAAUAGAAAUAUUCCAAAGACACAAUGGUCAAAGAAUGGUUUGACAAUUUUUGAAUACCACGACUGCCAAUUAUAUUAUUAUAUAAUUAAUAUAUAUUAAUGUAUUAUGAGUGUGUCAUUUGGUUUUUCUGGGUUGAGCUGCAUAGGUUUUAAUCUAUGCUUUAAACAUGUAUGAUAAAAAUUGUGACCCACUGUAGAGAGGGACAGUUAGAAAAGACCCCCCCCAAAAGAGAUUCAGGCCCGGGAUGGGGUGGGAGCAUUCACAGGAAGACAGCCCAGAAUUCUCCAUUGUAGCCACACACGGAAUCAGCCUUACAUGUGGGACCUUAUGUGCUUUAAGAACUCUGGUACUUUUUGGCCACAUAGACAAGAGGAGGACAGCAUUUCAACCCAGACUUACUCAGUAUUUCCAAUUAUUGUAUAGUCCUGACCCUAUUGUCCAAUUCAUUUAGAUGCCAGAAGUCAAAGCCAGAGCUGGGACCCCCACAACUCUUAUCCUGCCUAUGCCUAUAGCUAGCCACACUGGGACCCCCACAACCCUAUCCUGCCUAUGCCUAUAGCUAGCCACACUGGUUUCAAUGUUCUCCAGUCAUUUUGCAACAAUCGCGUUAGGGUGAAACUCUGUAUGUCAGAACUAACAAAUGGUAAUUGUUUUUAAGUGCAUGAGACCGGGGCCUUCUCUUUCUUCUUGCACUCUGCUUACACUAGUUUCUAUUUGUAGAUCUCAGGCCUUCAUGAAGAUCUCCAUCAGCUCACGAAAACUAUUUGUCUCUGUAGAGUGGCAUGUGGUCAUUUGAGUAAAACUAAAAGUACACGGGGAUUCAAUUCAUAGGCAUCCUGUCCAUUGAGGCAAGUGUUAAUUUGAUUGGCAGGUAAGCUGAAGCCCCUUUCUUCGUAGCCAUACAUACGCCUUAUUUUUUAGCUACCAAGUUACAUCACAAUGUCAAGCACUUAGCAGUAAGUGACAAAACAGUGGCAUUUUGAUGAGUAACACUCAGUGGGUACUGACAUGUAGUUUGGGUAAGAUUAAAAAAAAAAACCCACCAAAACCUGACAUCUGUGGUCCCAGGAACUGUGCAUAUGUGUUUUGAAAUUGACUGUAUGUAGAAUGUGCGGUGGAAUAUUUUCAAUAGGUGUUUUUUACUGAACACUAGACUUUGGGAAUAAUGUACUUGUAAUUGGAAGCAUACUGUUUUUCAAUAGUCCAUUAAAACUCCAUACAAAAUAUUUAUAUUUAGUUUCUUGUCACAUUGGCUUUCAGGGGGCCUCAGGUUCCAUGUCUUCAGUGGAUUGGUGAAUUUCAGGUGUCUUUGUACCUGCCUCAGCCGUCUGUACUUUAUCCUGAGGUGUCCCACAAUCCUCUUGUGGCAGGUGCUGCCAACCAUCUCAAAACGUGUAUAAGAUAUUUUGUCCCAGUUGUUUAAAAAAUCAUCUGUGUCAAAGUGAAUAAAAAGUGCAUUUUGAAG